CCCAGAGCCCGACGCGGGGCUCGAACUCACGGACGGCGAGAUCGUGACCUGGCUGAAGUCGGACGCUUAACCGACUGCGCCACCCAGGCGCCCCUGGAAUUUGGAAUUUUACAGGGUGGCAGCCUUUGCCUCUGGGGCUGGCAGUGGCCUGGCCUGCUCCCUAGGUGCCUCCAAGAAACCAGAACUUCUGAGAAUUCCAGAUACGGCUGCCCCUGCAAGGGGCUUCUGACCCUGAAAGCAGCGAGUCGUGGCUGGCAGCGCUGGGACUGGGGGAUGGCAAGAGGAGGAGGGCAGUGUGCCCGGGCAGCUCUGUCCCUGCAGGCUAGCUGGACAAAGCCGGGGUCUGUGGGAGAGGAAACACAGACCCCCCCCACCAGACACCACUCCCCUGGCCCCCUGCCCAGGCCAGCUUCGCCAGCUCACAGCCCGGCACCACUGGACAGAUCAGAGAGGUGCUAGGCCCAUCCCCCUGGGCAGGGAGGACCCUCAUGUGGAGACUGAGCCUCAGGGAGGUUCAGUAAUGCACUCAAGGUCACACAGCUAAUGGGCCACGGUUAAGAUUGCACACGGGUCUUUCUGGUUUUCAACUAUUGCUAUACUUUUUUUUUUGGAGUCAAGGGUGGCUGGAAGCUAAAUCCCAACUCUGGAAGGCAAAUCAGUGGCUGGAGUGAUGAAGGUUUCGGAGCUGUCUGGGGCCGCUCCACCCCAGGGACGGGGAAGGUUCUGGGGGUAGAGUCACUCCCAGAGAACUCCAGGCCUUUCCCCAUUCCAGCAGCCUGGCCAGUCUGGGAAGGAGGCGCUCUAGGGUAUCUGGGACCAUCUGAGGCUUAUGGGUGGUACCCUCACCCCUCCUGGGCUCUAGCCCCACACCUCCAUGCGUAUCCAGGCAUUUCUAAGCAGAGGGCGAGAGGGGUGAGGCAGGAGGCAAAGAGUGACUAUUCCCUCACCCCCAAACACACCCAGAGGGAACUGAGAGAUCCUCAGGGUCUUGCCUAAUGCCGUUACCCCCACCCCCACCACCAACCACCCCUCCCAUCUCCUGGCCCCCAGCCUCCUUGCUCUUCACCCAAGAGCUCAGCUUCCGGCUCCUCAAACUGCUGCCGGGUGAGCCUUGGGAGGGUAGGGGGUGUGCCUGAGGCCAAUGGGGCUCAGACCCCGGAAACCUGGUGGGAACCUGGAGGCACCGGCGGACCAGUGGGGGGAAGGCUCUGCCUGCUUCCUCCUCCCCACCCCUGUGGUAUCCUAGCUUCCUGUUCCUGAUAACAAUCGACAGCUUGGCCCAGUGGGGGUGGCCCUCUUUCUAAUCCCCUCCUGCCCCCUUCUUUGAUCCCCAGGGCCCCACUGCCCAUUAGUGGAGAUCCCGGUGGGCUUAGGGGAACAGCUGGAGCAGAGGCCAGCCUCGGGUCGCUUUCCACAGGUUGACCAGGGAUUCCCAGGCCCUCCUGCGCUCCCCCCAACACACCACACCCUGUUCUGGGUACCACAGCCAACUACUACUCCAGCUCUGAUCAGCCUCCUUUCGGGGAAACCACUCCCCAGAGUAAAGAAGGGUCCAGGACCAGCGGGCCCUGGAGGGUCUCCAAAGAGAGCCAGUUCCUGGUCCCCACUUCCAGGAGAAAAGACAGGCGCUGGGAGGCCUCCAGAGCUCCAGAGGGUUAUCCCAACCCUCCUCCCCCUUAGGCCAGCAGCAGGCCAGCACCCUCCCCACCGCCCCUCCAGUGUGCCCACCCCCUGUGUCUAUUGUAAAUCAUUCCUUUUCUGCUGUCACCGUUUGACAGCUGAAUCAGUAGUGGGAGGAAGAGAGAGGACGAGGAUUGCGCGUGUUGGGGCUGGGAAAGGAAGGGUGUUUGGAAUGUUACAAGGGAGAAGAAGCCGCAGCGAGCAUGAACCAGCUGGGCUGCUGGCCAGAAAGGGGCCUGCGGAGGCAAGGCGGGGGGUGGGGGGUGGGGAUGGGGGGUGGGCAGUGGAAUCUUGGACGUGGGGGCCACUUCCUAGGCCCCAGGCAUCCAGAUGCCCCAGAGGCGAAGAAGACGUGCGAGUCCCCCCGUGUGAGGGCCAGAGACUGUCCACUAUCUGUAAGGCUCCUGUCUUUCAGGUGAACCUCAUGGCUGAGUAAGCCUCCCCUGGGCCCAGCACCCCACCAGCAUGGUCCAGGACCGUGGUGGGGGUGCUCCAGAGCACGGCUGCCGACCUGGUCUUUGGGGGCAGCCAUGACCCAGCCUCCACCCACCAAAGCACCAGCCAAGAAGCAUGUGCGACUGCAGGAGAGGCGAGGCUCCAAUGUGGCUCUGAUGCUGGAUGUGCGGUCCCUGGGAGCUGUAGAGCCCAUUUGCUCAGUGAACACACCCCGGGAGGUCACCCUACACUUUCUGCGCACAGCUGGACACCCCCUCACCCGCUGGGCCCUGCAGCACCAGCCACCCAGCCCCAAGCAGCUGGAAGAGGAAUUCCUGAAGAUCCCCUCAAACUUUGUCAACUCUGAAGACCUGGAUAUUCCUGGCCACGCCUCCAAGGACCGAUAUAAGACCAUCUUGCCAAAUCCCCAGAGCCGCGUCUGUCUAGGCCGGGCACAGAGCCAAGAAGACGGAGACUACAUCAAUGCCAACUACAUCCGAGGCUACGACGGGCAGGAGAAGGUCUACAUUGCGACCCAGGGUCCCAUGCCCAACACCGUAUCGGACUUCUGGGAGAUGGUGUGGCAGGAAGAAGUGUCACUCAUUGUCAUGCUCACUCAGCUCCGAGAAGGCAAGGAGAAAUGUGUCCACUACUGGCCCACAGAAGAGGAAACCUAUGGACCCUUCCGGAUCCGCAUCCAAGGCACAAAAGAAUGUCCAGAAUACACUGUGCGGCAGCUCACCAUCCAGCACCAGGAGGAGUGCCGGGUAGUGAAACAUGUCCUCUUCUCUGCCUGGCCUGAUCACCAGACCCCAGAAUCGGCUGGGCCUCUGCUGCGCCUGGUGGCCGAGGUGGAGGAAAGCCCAGAGACAGCUGCCAACACUGGGCCCAUCGUAGUCCACUGCAGUGCAGGGAUUGGCCGGACUGGCUGCUUCAUCGCCACCCGAAUUGGCUGUCAACAGCUGAAGGCCCGAGGGGAAGUGGACAUUCUGGGUAUCGUGUGCCAACUGCGGCUGGACAGGGGCGGGAUGAUCCAGACCACAGAGCAAUACCAGUUCCUGCACCACACCCUGGCCCUGUAUGCAGCCCAGCUACCGGAGGAGCCCUGCCCCUGACCGCUGGUACCUCCACCAGCCCAGGUGCCAGAUCCCCCCAUGCCUGGGCAGGUGGUUCUGGGGAAAGUGGGCCUUGUGAUCUGAGGGAUCCCCUGGGCGGGCAUGGGGAAGGGGUGCUUCCUCAGCGGGCACAUGCGGUCACAGGAAGUUGCAUCGGCAAGAACGGGGACCAGACUCCAGGUCUUUACCACCGGCCGCUCUUCUGCUUCCUCUAGUAGCCCCAAGUGGACACUUGGGGGAACCUCCCGUGUCUCUCUGAACUUCGAGCUAGGAACUGGCAUUUAUGAGACAGCCGAGAAAGGACCAGUGUCCCAGUCUUGUCUAAAGUGUUCCGUGAGCUUCAUCUCUCCGUCUACGACAUGGGCAUUAAGUGCUUUGCUGCCAUAGGGAAAAGUAAUCAGAGAAGCUCCCAGAAGCCGCUCCAGCUGUAUCCCCUUCCUGGGCCUGGCAAGAGAGUAAUCCCAAGAUCAUCUUCCACCUGGGCCCUGCCCAAGAACUGGCCAGAUGCAGGAGCUGGGAAAAGUCUGCUCCUGACCGUGGCCAGGUUCUCAACCUCCCGGCAGUGACUUUCCGCUUCCUCACCCCACAUCUGUGAGGGCUGGAUACCCCCCAAAGAGAACAAGGACCCAGACUACCCCUGUGCCCACACCUGUGUCCUGGGAUCAGGCUACAGAGGUGACCAGGCCAGGCAUUUGAGACUUUUGGAAGAGGGAAAGUGUGGCGACCCCUCAGAGGCCCAGAGGGCUGCCCCUGCCUCCAUAAUUGCCAGCCACUCACCCCAGCUACUCCCGAGAGAGGCCCAGCAUCUUCUGUCUUCCUUUCGUGGCCUCAGAAGGUACCCUGGGUACCAGGAGGUAUAAAAGAACAAACGGUGAGGAAGAAACAAGGAGCAAGAAACAAGAAACUCCUGCGCCCUGCCCCCAUCCACCCCUGCAUUUGCAGAGCACAGCUGGAGAGCCUGGCUGUUUCCAUGAACUAUCUGGGUGAAGCACCGCACGCAGACCAGGGGCCUCAGCCUGGGACCGCAGAGUUGGGGUCCUCAUAGCCUCUCCCAGAGAACUAACUCCUUUCAUCAUCUCGGCACCAAUACAAUUUCCAGGGCACCCAAGAUCUAUCUCAGGGCUCACCUACACUCCCCAGGAAGGCAUCCAGAUCCUUCGUCCUUGAAUCCAAAAUGAGCUGCCUGUGGGGAUGAAGAAAGGCGCCAUCUCUCCGGGCACUCAGCCCCUGGGGUCUGCCUUGACUGAUGCCAGCUCUCUGUGGAACCCCCCAAGGAGCUGGAUCCUGGCGAGCAGCUGGGCCUCCUUAUUCACGACAUCGCUUCUGAAGCACGUGCAACGUUGAAACUGAGGUUAAUUUUCUUAACACUUCCGCUUGGUCUCACAAUGGAAUUCUUCCUUCCUUACAGCCCCAGGAAUGGCUCACCGGCUCCUAACCCCUUUGGGAGGCACUCGCAGCCUGUGCCUGUGAAGGAGGGCACAGAGCUCUCAAGUGCCUGAUCCUGCCCUGAGCUCAGACCCAACCGGGAGGGAAGCAGGUGCGUGGCCAUAGACCCACAGGCUCCCCACCCUAUAACUGUGGCCCCAACCCCAUUCUAGAACUUAGAGAGUACAAGCUCUGGAAAAGGAACCAGGUGGGAGAAUAAAAACCUUUUGGAUGACUGA